CUUGCUGGUGAACAUUGUUGAGAAAGUGGGCUGGGGAACUUCAGUUGAGCUGGUGUCGUAUGCGCAUUUGGGUGCAGAAUUGAUUCGCUUGAACUAUCCACCCACCGCUCGGAGGAGCUUUAAAAUAUGGGUCAUAAGUCUUUCAAAAAGGACACUUGGUAGUCACCUGGGCUGCUUGAUUCCUCGACAUAGUCAUGUGUAGCUCACCAACUUUAUCUAAAGGUGAAGUGAUCACGGCUCUGGCCGUCACUGCUGGAGCCAUGGCCAUCGGUUUCCUAAUCCACAAAAAAAUAUUUUCCAAAGCCAAAUGCGUGAAACCAAAAGUAAACCUGGACCUUCAGAAAGACAACCCCAAAGUGGUGCAUGCUUUCGAUAUUGAGGACCUGGGUGAUAAGGCUGUCUACUGCAGAUGUUGGAGAUCUAAGAAGUUUCCAUACUGUGAUGGUGCUCAUGCAAAACACAAUCAAGAGACUGGAGACAAUGUGGGCCCUCUGAUCAUUAAAAGGAAGGAUGCAUGAAUUUGAGAGUUGCUAUCCCAUUAAAGCACUGACAGAGAUUAGUAUAUAUUUGCCUCACAUGUGCGACUAAACUUGUCAUGAUUUUAGGGUCUCUUAUCAUAGCUGCCUAUGUCUGAAUGUGUCAUGGUCUUAUUCUCGAUCUUCUUGUCUUGGUGCAGGUGUAUAUAUUGAGAAAUAUAUUUUUUUCCCCCCAAAGUUCAAUAAUUACAUUUGAAUCUUGAUGUUAGUGAUGAAAUUAGCACUACCUUUGUCUGAUUCUUUUUUGGAUCCUUCGCUGCUUCUCAGCUGAUUGCGAGGCUUGGUGAAGUUGCAGUAACUGAUGUUGACAAAAGCACUCAAGUGUGAAUGUGGCAUGACAGCAUGUACAUUUGAAAGCCAUGAAAAUAAAUGGAAAAAAAAGUACAUGAACUGUAGGGAAAGAGUGAAUGUGUUUGUUUGAAUCUGGAUCUCAUUCACAGUUUGUACAUUUCUCUGCUGAAUGUCCCAUGCUGUAAUCUUAUCCAAACACACAGGAGCAAGCAAGUCACAAAAUGGAAAAUUUAUUUCUUGAUUAGGCUAAAGUACAAAUCUUAGUUGUGUUUUUCAGCAUGAAAAAACGCCUCUGAGUUAUGAAAAAUAAGAUUUAACACAAACAUUAAGCAGUGAAGAUGUAUAUUAUAGGAACACCAUUGUGUUCCUAUAAUAUACCAGGAUAUGAUUUUAGUGUAAUAGAAAUUUGUUAAUUAUGAUAUGUAUGAAUGACACUGAUUGUUUCAAAUAAGCAUAGAAGUCUUUUGAGUGUUGUCAUUAAACAAAGCUGUGACCUUAAAUAUUUAAACUUCUUAAUUAGGAGUGAGUAAAUAUCAAUAAGUAAUGGCUGUGCAGUGUGUUCGAAAUCUUAUUUUGCUAUGAUCUUACUACAAGAAUAAAUUUACUGGUUAACACUUGAUUUAACAUUUGACAAAUGUGCUUAUGUGAUGUUUGAUAGAUUGUCCAAUUGUCUCUGGUUUUCCAGUAAAUGCACUUCACUUUUUUGUGAUGAUUCUGUGACACAUUCUCUGUGUAAUCUGUACUACAUAUCCUCUCACUGCUGCAGUUGUUCUUUUGUAUAUUCCCUCUGUUGAUAAUAGACUUCCAUUUGCUGUAUUAUGUUUACAUCAGCAAUAAAUCUAUAAUAUCUAUCUAUGACAAUC